AUGUCUGAAGGCAAUCAAGCCCCUGAAAGCCUGUUAUUCUACGUGUCAAUGCAGGGGCGGCUGCUUUCUUCACGGCAGCCGGUCCCGGAACUGGGCCUCCACGGGCUGGCUAGUGCUUUCAACCUUGUUAUUCACUCUGGGUUUGCAGUGCGAAUAUUCUGUUCAUUCAACUACAGGCAUGCUAAUGCUUUUAUCGCAUCGCUGUUCAUCAUCUACGCCACUGUACGCCUGAAGGCAGCGGAGUACGUUGCACAGGGCCACGCCCUGAUGAAGGCUUCCUUGAUUCUGCUGCUUUUAUUUGCAGUCAUCUUUGUUUCCCUGGCUGGAUCUGUCCACCACCGUUGCCUGAAGCGUGGGAUCCGCAACCGCAAAGUCACGAUCCCUCUCACCACGCUGUAUUUCAGCAUGGGUUUCAUCACAGCCAGGACCAUAUUCAGAACGGGGGAGAACUUUGCGUUUGAAAAUCUCACGGGCACCGUCUCCUCUGGUUCUCAGGCUCUUGACCCUCCGCCGGUCGUGUUGUGCGAGAGGUACUUUUACGUAUUUGAGGCGACCUUCAUGUUCCUGGCCGUCGCUGUCUCCAACCUCUUCCACCCGGGUCAGUUCUUGCCGUCAAAAAACAAGAUCUACCUGGCUCAGGAUGGGCAGACUGAGCUUGAGGUGCCUGGUUGGAGCGACAAACGGCCGUUUAUUGUGACGCUGUGCGAUCCGUUCAACCUUGCGGGAUGCUUGGAUCGCAAGCCCGGAGCCGAUGGUACUAACUUUUGGGAAGACAACGGGUUUGGUUUUCCAUUAGAGGCAAACAAAGGCGGUGGCUUGCAGGCCUAG